CAUGUCUUGCGAAGAAGUUCUCCCUUUUUCGCUACCUUCCGUCUCUGACGCGUCAGUGGUAGCGGAGCGUCCGCUUGCUCCACCAGGCCUCCAGUUCCCGCCGCCAUGCCGGCGGACUGCAGUUGCGAGAAAGCUAAGGACGGCGGCAACGCGAUGACGAUGGAGACGAAGGGCCGAGAGGCCCAAGAUGCAGUGGCGCCGAACGCCACAGGAGGUUCAACAAAACAGCAGAUGCGCGAGUUGUCCCAGAUGUUCCGGGAACACAUCGGCGAGGCCGUCAAGCAGGCCGUGAGCGCAGGAUCAAAAGGUGCGAUUCGACACGCUCUUGGCGCAGCAGCAGACAGCGAGGCCUCCGACCCGUGGGAGAAGAUAGACCGGUGGUCGAGGCGAGUGCUGGGGAGACAGUGCGCGAUAGGAACCGGGAGGCUGGCGGACCGCUUCCUGCGACGCGUGGUGGGGCUCCUCGGCUCACGCGGAUUGGAGCCAGAUUGACAGCAGGUUGGGCGCCAACGCCGACUGGGCGAAGAGCUCCGACGACAAGACGUGGAAUGCCGGUCCUGACUGGGCGGGCGGCUCGUGGGGCCAAGGAUCAUGGGAGCGGCCGGACAUGUCCGACCCAGAUCCUUGGCUCGGGUGGGGCGAGCGUCUUUUCUGGCGAAGAGAUAUCCAGCGAAGGCUUGCAGGCGCAGGGGUCAUGGUGGGUCGCCGCUCGGACCGCAUACUCAAGAUAAUUGAGCUCGGAC